CCCAAAUGCUAUUAAACUUCUACAACAUCAAAUGCAGCCCCAGCAAAUCGUCGACAACUGCCUUGGGACUCCAGGGCGAGACGGAGAACAUCCGAGUUGAAGUAGAUAAAAUAGCACCGCACAACAUUGUCAAAGCUAUUGUGGAACGAGACCAAAAUGUGAAGCUACUCCGGGACCCAUCAGAAUCGCUGCAGGCUCUCCCGGGAGUGAAGCUUGAGUGAGAACAUCGGUAUCCAAUCAGAUUAGAUGCAGUCCGGAGAAUCGACGCCUUUGAUGGUCUGGGAAAGGAGAAGAACGACUCCUAGGAAAAUAUAG